UUUUUAUCGUUCUCUGUUACAGAGUUCAUACUUGAAAAAACAGUGGAGAAUACCCAAUCACUAGUCUUACAGAGUCAGUCUCCAUCACUAAUCUUUCUUCUUCAACAUUGUUUUAUCCGCUAAAAACUUAAAACCCAAUUGGCCUUUUUUGCUACAAUUUAUAAACGCACAAUCUUUAUCUCUCUUUUAUUACACCUACCAAAGAAAUGGAAGGUGAGUUGAGACCUAUGGAUGCAGAGCAACUGAGAGAGCAUGGACAUAAAAUGGUUGAUUUUAUUGCUGAUUACUAUAAAACCAUUGAAAAUUUUCCAGUUCUUAGUCAAGUUGAGCCUGGAUAUCUUCGUAAACUUCUGCCUGAUUCUGCACCAAAUCAACCUGAGUCAUUGCAAAAUGUUCUUGAUGAUGUUCAGGCAAAGAUUUUACCAGGAGUGACCCAUUGGCAAAGCCCAAAUUAUUUUGCAUAUUAUCCUUCUAAUAGCAGCGUUGCAGGAUUUUUAGGAGAAAUGCUUAGUGCUGGUAUUAAUAUGGUGGGUUUUAGCUGGAUAACUUCUCCCGCCGCAACAGAGCUUGAAAUGAUUGUUCUAGACUGGCUUGGUAAAAUGCUCAAGCUACCUGAAGAAUUUCUUUCUACUGGACAAGGAGGUGGAGUGAUACAGGGUACUGCAAGUGAAGCUGUUCUAGUUGCACUAGUAGCUGCACGGGACAAGGUCUUGAGGAGGGUUGGAAAAGAUGCCCUUAGAAAGCUUGUGGUUUAUGGAUCUGAUCAAACACAUUCUGCGUUGCAAAAAGCCUGCCAGAUAGGAGGGAUUCAUCCAGUAAAUUGCAGGCUGCUAGAAACAGACUCUUCCACAAAUUAUGCCCUUGCGCCAGAUUUACUCAGUAGAGCAAUUUCAGAGGACAUUUCCCUUGGACUGAUUCCCUUCUUUUUGUGUGCUACUGUUGGCACUACUUCAUCGACAGCUGUUGAUCCAUUACUUGCACUGGGAAAGAUUGCCAAGAGUAAUGGCAUGUGGUUUCAUGUGGAUGCUGCCUAUGCUGGAAGUGCUUGUGUUUGUCCAGAAUACCGUUGUUAUAUGGAUGGUGUUGAAGAAGCUGACUCUUUUAACAUGAAUGCGCAUAAAUGGUUCCUGACAAACUUUGAUUGCUCAGCCCUUUGGGUAAAGGAUAGAAAUGCACUGAUUCAGUCACUUUCUACUAAUCCGGAGUUUCUGCAAAACAAACCUUCCCAAACAAACACGGUUGUGGACUACAAAGAUUGGCAAAUUCCCCUUGGACGACGGUUUAGAUCAUUGAAACUGUGGAUGGUGUUACGAUUGUAUGGUGUAGAAAAGCUACAAUGCUACAUCAGAAAUCAUAUUAACUUGGCUAAAUAUUUUGAAGGACUUAUUGCAGAAGACACUAGAUUUGAGGUUGUUUCCCCUCCGAUAUUUGCAUUGGUUUGUUUUCGCCUUUUACCUCCGGACAACAACGUAGAUCAUGGCAACAAAUUGAGCCAUGACCUAUUAGAUGCGGUAAACUCAACUGGGAAAAUUUUUAUAUCUCAUACGGUUCUAUCUGGCAAGUAUAUCUUACGUUUUGCAGUAGGAGCACCACUGACCGAAGAGAGGCAUGUAACUGCAGCAUGGAAGGUUUUACAAGAUGAGGCCUGUGCUUUGCUAGAAACAUCUAGGAUAAGUUAAUAUUUUGAUUACCAUCCGCAAUUAUUUGAUGAAUUCAAUAUUGUUACAUGAUUGUUCCUUUUUUAACUUCAUUCUACCUUACACAUCAUUGAUUAAUACAUUCACGAACAACCAAGGAGUAUUUUCUUGCA